AUGGCUGAACUUGCUUUUUCGCACCCCCAUCACCUUUUUCGCCCCAACACCCCCUUCAUUAUGCCACCCAAGAGUAUGAAGAAUCGGAAAUCAGUCAGAACUUUGGCUGCAUUAUCGGCUGAGAAAGGAAAGUCAGCCACUAAUGUUGACGAGUUGUGCAAGGUCAUUUGGACUGUGGAAGCGGAUUUAGAAGAUGGUCAACUCCUGUAUGUAACUGGUGAACCUGCUGUGUUAGGCUGCUGGAAACCAAACAUGGCUGUACUAUUGUCUCCUACAGAAAAUACUAACAUAUGGAAAGCUGAAUUUCAGAUUGCUUUUGGCUUGAACUUCAAAUAUAAUUAUUUCGUUAAGGGUAAACUGAAGUCCUCAAAUGACAUUCUUUGGAGGCCUGGACCAGCUUUUUCUCUGUCAGUACCUCUAAAAGUCCUUGAAGAUGAUAAAAUCGUGGUCAGGGAUUCAUGGAUUAGGUCUUAUUCCCAGACUUCUACUCAUGCAUGGAGUCCCUUCACAGAAGAAACAUAUCUUCUGGACCAACCUUCUAUUUCUUUCUUGAGCCAAGAUGAUAGAAGGAUUGAGAGUCUCCUUGAAAAUGACAUCCUAAAGUUUGAGACACUUGGUUUAGAAGAUCAAUUACUUUACGACAAUGAUGACAUGGUGAUUGCGAAUGACAAGGAUUUCCAGUCUACAAAUAUGCUUUCUGACAAUUUCCAGCCUGUUGAGGAACCCUGGCUACAUUCAUUCCAUUCAAUUGUCUCUAAGGAAAAUAUAGAAUCAAAUGAAUCUGAAACUGGUGAUGCUGUAAAAGAGAAGGUGAAGCUGGUAGAUAGAGAACAGUUGUUACUUGAAGAAAGCAGUAAUAUAAUGUCACAAGACUCUAUUUCCACCAUUAUUCUUAUUAACUCAUCAGUAUGUACCAUGCAAAGAAUUGCAGUACUGGAGGACGAAAAAUUGGUUGAAUUAUUAUUGGAACCAGUCAAGAGUAACGUGCAGUGUGAUAGUGUAUAUGUCGGCGUGGUCACAAAGCUUGUUCCUCAUAUGGGUGGAGCUUUUGUUAAUAUUGGGAAUUCUAGAUCUGCUUUUAUGGAUAUCAAGCAAAAUAAGGAGCCAUUUAUAUUCCCUCCAUUUCGUCAAAGGACAAAGAAACAAGAAAGUCAUCUUGAAGGAAAAAAUGAUCACACCUCUCCUGAAGGAGAGGAUGGUUAUUUAAAAUCUGUACACAAUGACUAUGAUGAGCAUGACGGAGAGGAUGAUUUUUAUAUUUCAGAAGUGCUUAAGGAGAAUGUAAAUGGUAGCAUGAUUGACGAUGAAGUAGAAGCUGACUUUGAGGAUGAUAUAGAAGGGAGUGAUGUCCAAAUGGAAGGAGAAACAAAUAACUGUUAUCUUCCUCUUGGUAUGAAUGGGUCUGUCAACUCUUCUAUUUUGCGAACAAAAGAUUCAAAAAGACCAACUCACAUGGCUUCUGGAGAAAACAAAUGGAUCCAAGUUCGCAAGGGAACCAAAAUAAUUGUUCAAGUUGUCAAAGAGGACCUUGGUUCAAAAGGUCCCACUCUGACUGCUUAUCCUAAACUAAGAAGUAGAUUCUGGGUUUUGCUUGCAUGCUGUGAUAAAAUUGGAGUCUCCAAAAAGAUUUCUGGUGUUGAGCGCACGAGGUUGAAGGUUAUAGCAAAGACAUUGCAGCCUGAGGGUUUUGGCCUCACUGUAAGAACUGUUGCUGCUAGUCAAUCUUUUGAGGAACUGCAGAAAGACUUAGAAGGUUUGCUUUCAACAUGGAAACAUAUAACGGAACAUGCAAAGUCUGCUGCUCUUGCUGCUGAUGAAGGGGUGGAGGGAGCUGUUCCUGUAAUUUUGCACAGGGCAAUGGGUCAAACUCUCUCAGUGGUUCAGGAUUAUUUUAAUGAAAAUGUUAGUUCUGUUACUAGUUUAGAAUCACUAUUGAUUAGAAGAGUAUUUAACUUAUUGGUUAAGAAAAUGGUGGUUGACUCCCAAAGGACAUUCCAUGAGGUGAGCAAUUACCUUCAAGAAAUUGCCCCUGAUCUUUGUGAUCGAGUUGAACUAUAUGAUAAAAAGGUUCCCUUGUUCGAUGAAUUCAACAUUGAAGGAGAGAUAGACAAUAUCCUCAGCAAAAGGGUUCCACUUGUUAAUGGAGGUUCUUUAAUCAUUGAACAAACUGAGGCAUUAGUUUCUAUUGAUGUAAAUGGAGGACAUGGGAUGCUUGGUCAUGGAAAUUCACAACAGCAAGCUAUUCUAGAUGUGAAUCUUGCUGCCGCAAAACAAAUUGCAAGGGAGUUGCGACUAAGGGAUAUUGGUGGCAUCAUUGUGGUAGAUUUCAUUGAUAUGACAGAUGAAGCAAAUAAAAGAUUGGUCUAUGAAGAAGUCAAGAAAGCCAUUGAGAGAGAUAAAUCAAUGGUGAAGGUCACUGAAUUAUCUAGGCAUGGACUUAUGGAAAUAACUAGAAAAAGGGUACGACCAAGCGUGACAUUCAUGAUUAGUGAACCAUGUGCUUGUUGCCAUGCCACAGGCAGGGUGGAAGCUUUAGAGACGACCUUCUCAAAAAUUGAACAACAAAUCUGUCGGCUUCUGUAUUGGUACUCAUUGGAGUCACUCGUGAGUGUGAUUUCUUGUUUGUUAUCAUGCACAUCCCAGGCAACAAUGGACCAUAAGCCAAACCCCGAAAAACCCAAGUUGUGGCCGAAAUUUAUUCUGAGGGUUGAUCAUCAUAUGUGUGAGUACCUGACUUCGGGGAAAAAGACAAGACUUGCAACAUUGAGCAGUUCUCUCAAAGUCUGGAUUCUCCUGAAGGUUGCCAGAGGGUUGACUAGAGGAUCGUUCGAGGUCAAACCAUUUACAGAUGACAAGGUGGAAAAAAACCGGCAUCAAGUUACCAUUUCAAGGUUAAGAUCCUCGGAGGCCAGAACCAAAAAGCCUGGCCAGAAUGUUACUCUUGUUCAAGUAAAAAAAUCAAAGGCUAGAGGAAAAUAA